AUGGCUGCGCCCAGGCAGGCGCCGCUGUGGGUAGCUGUUGCUUGUUGGGCGCUGUGGCCGGGGCCGGCGACGUGCUGGCAGGGCGGCGACGGGGCCGGGAGGGCUGGGGGAGGGGGCCGAGGGGCUUGCGGCUGCGGCACCAACCGGGCCGGCGGCGGGGAGGCGGAGGCGCGGAAAUACUCCCGGGAGGCUAGUGCUUCCCAGCAGCUGGAGGCGGCGGACUCGAAAAAGGAGGGCAGCCAGAUGGUCUUGAUUCCAGCUGGAGUGUUUACAAUGGGGACUGACGAGCCAGCUAUACAACAAGAUGGAGAAUGGCCUGCAAGGCGAGUUCACAUUGGCAGUUUCUACAUGGAUCGCUAUGAAGUCAGUAACACUGAGUUUGAGAAAUUUGUGAAUGCUACUGGCUAUCUCACAGAGGCAGAAAGGUUUGGCGAUUCGUUUGUGUUUGAAGGCAUGUUGAGUGAAGAAGUGAAGAGUGGAAUUCAGCAGGCAGUUGCAGCCGCUCCCUGGUGGUUGCCUGUUAAAGGAGCUAAUUGGAGACAUCCCGAGGGUCCUGAUUCUGAUAUUUCAAACCGAAUAGAUCAUCCAGUUCUUCAUGUCUCUUGGAAUGAUGCUGUAGCAUUUUGUACUUGGGCAGGCAAACGGCUACCAACAGAAGCUGAAUGGGAAUACAGCUGUCGAGGGGGCCUUGAAAACAGACUCUUCCCAUGGGGGAACAAGCUUCAUCCGAGAGGUCAGCACUACGCUAAUAUCUGGCAGGGAGAAUUCCCUACGAGCAAUACGGAGGAGGAUGGAUACAAAGGAACUUCACCCGUGACCGCAUUUCCUCCAAAUGGUUAUGGCUUGUACAACAUGGUGGGAAAUUCCUGGGAAUGGACAUUGGAUUGGUGGGCUGUCAAUCAUUCUGCAGAUGAAACAUACAAUCCAAAAGGACCCCCAACAGGAACUGACAGAGUGAAGAAAGGUGGAUCUUACAUGUGCCACAAGUCCUAUUGCUACAGGUAUCGAUGUGCAGCUCGAAGCCAAAACACUCCUGACAGCUCAGCUUCCAACCUGGGAUUCCGCUGUGCUGCUGACACCUUGCCUGACUAUUUAAAGGAAUGAAACUGGCAGCAGCAGAGGAACGAAAAAUCUCACCAAAGGGUGCUCCAGGGGAGA